AUGGACCCCAAACGCCCUCGCUCGCCGUGCGGCGGCAGCACCUCCGACCACCCUGCGAAACAGCCCAAGACCACACACCCUACUAACCCUCACCCUCCCCUUCACCAGCACCACCAGCCUCACCAGCAACCUCACCCUCACCAGCACCUCCAGAUCAACUACCUCGCCCGCCAGUACUCCGACACCCUCCCGCUCGUCUCCACGGACGACACCCUGCCCGCCAUCCUCCGCUGGAUAGGCGAGUACGACGGUGUGCUGCACCGCCACGAGUCCAUCGCCGGCAACCUGGGUGCCUGUCCGCUCGGCCCCAUCCUCGUCAAGCGCUUCGAACGGCUCUUUGACGGGCCUCCGCGCGUCAUCAGGUCGGCCUCUGCGUCGGCCAGCGGUGGUGCUGGUGGUACUGGUGGUGCGGCCGGCGAUACAACAGCUAAAGAAACCACCGUCUCGUGGUUGGACAUCGUCGAGUUCGCAAAGGAGUUCCCGGACAAGUUCACCCUCGAAAAGGCCCGGAGUGGCUCGCGGGUCUGCCAGCUGGACAUCAAGCAUGCCCGCGUCGAGAUCUCCGAGGAGGACUAUGUCCUGAUUGCGUCUGGCAUGCCGCAGAAGAUGAUCCCGCCGCAGCCCAUCAGCGAGGACGAGGAGAAGGAGCUGGGUGCCCUCGAGAUACUCGAGAAGAACCUGGUGUACAUCAUCCAGCUUGCCGAUCAGGUAUCGGCUAGGGCUAGACAGCUCAAUCACCGGCUGAAAAACCGACGCAACGCCAUCGUCUCCAGGCGGGAAAACGACGCCUCUCUCGCUCUCUCGCAGACCCGCGCCAUCAGCCCCUGGAAGGACAGCACCACUCCCAACGGCCAUGGACAGUCUCGCACCGCAUCCCCGCCCGGCUUCGUCGCUGUCAACUCCCGCCAGGACCCUUCCUCCUACCACGACGAACCAGCGCAGUUUGCCUUCUCCCAGCCCAUCUCAGACAACGUCACCAUCAUCAACGGGACCUCUAUCAAGGGCGCCUCCCCCAGCACCCGCGCAGAGCUCAUGAAGAAGUUCUUCACCACCUCCGACAGACGCAUGCACCAGCAGAAACAGCAGCAGCAACAGACCGACCACCACCCAGACUCAGACCAGCAGUCCUCCUCCUCGCCGUUCCCGGGACAGGCCAACUCCCCGAUCCCUCCCGUACCCAUUCCAGGCACCCCUUCUUCCCUACUCCCGCACCCAAAGCCAACCCCUUCUCAUGACCGCGAUGAGACUGCGCCCUUCAAGGCUGCCAUGGUCGCCCGCAUGGAAGACCUAGCCAGAGGAGAACGUAUCCUGCCACCCUGCGAUAGAUGUAGAAGACUAAACAUGCACUGUCUUAAGAACCUGACUGCGUGCAUGGGCUGCACAAAGAAACAUGCCAAGUGCUCCUGGCGCGACGUCAAGGCGGAAGAACUACAAAAGGACCACCCCAAGCACCGCGCAGCCAGCCAGGAUGCUGCCACUACCACUACCACUACCACUACCACCACUACUACCCGCGAAAAGGACAGAGAUGCUAGUGAAGAUGUCUCUGCCUCUACCUCUGCUCCUGAUGAUAGAGGCAAGAACAGUCCCGCUAGGCCUGCCACUACCACCGCUACACCUACUAUAACCACAAAUACCACCAACGGCACCACAAACAGUGGUAGAAAUAGCCAGAGACAUGAUAGGAAUGCCAGCACAAGGCUAGAUGAUGACUCUAGUGAUGUCCUUGCACAAGCUAUCAUGGACACCUUUGACCACCACAGACAACGCACUGCUGAGCGCGAGAGGACCCAGCAACAGCAACAACAAGAGCAGCAGCAGCAGCAGCAGAGAGAAAAAGAUAGAGACAGAGAAAAGAACCGUGAGAGAGGGACCAGCCAUGUUGUUGAGGCUCGAUAA